GAAGAAAUACACUGUGCCACACCCCCUUCUUUUAUUUAACAUUUCACGAAUUCGUAGACUUUCGAGAGAACUCCUAGGACCCCGAAUAUUAUACUAUUGAUUUCUUGAUACAUAGAUGACAAUAACUAGUUAAUGUAUAAUGCUCUUAGAUUCAUAUACAUAGUUAUAUGUCAGAUCGAUAUAAUAACAUGGAUCGACAAGCCAAAGCAGGUAUAACAAGUUAUACACCUAGAAAUAUCAUCUAAAAUGACAGAAUAUUGGUUGAUAUCAGCACCAGGUGAUGAAACAUGUCAGGAGACAUGGGAAAUCAUGAACAACCUAACAUCCAAACAACAUUCUCUAUCAGUUAACUAUAAAUUCCAUAUCCCAGACUUAAAAGUUGGAACAUUGGAUCAACUGGUGGGUUUGUCAGAUGAUUUGGGAAAGCUCGACAUUUAUGUUGAACAAGUUACACGCAAGGUUGCAACAUAUUUGGGAGAAGUCUUAGAAGAUCAAAGAGACAAGCUGCAAGAGAAUCUAAUGGCCAAUAAUAGUCAAACGUCAAUGGAUGGGGAGAGCUCGAGCCCCGAAGGGGGUCCGGACACCCCGCCAAACACCCCCGUCACCCCAUCACACAAGACUUCAAGGGAGCACCACAGGCAGUGGAAGGAAUCGGAGAAAUGCGAACCAGAACCGGCCACCUGUUUAGGUCAGCAUCAUCACCAGCGUCACCAUCAUCAUCAUGAUCAUCAUCACAGUCAUAAACAUCAUAAUCAUCCUUCCGAUUUCGACAAGAAGUCAUCACAUAGUCCCCAAGGCAUCUGUGAUGUUCGAUCAUCAAACGAUCCUUUGUCAGUAUAUUCAUGCUACCAUGCGCAUUGGUGCUCCGCUUCAACCUCUUCCACACCAAUCCCUAGUCCUACCCCCACAAGUCCUAGUCUCUCCCUUUCAUCAAACUGUAGCAGUGAAGGAGAGACCAGAUGGAAGUCGACAACGCGUCAUCGGACUACCGAGAAAGCAGAUCGGUGUUCCUCCAAUCGCAAAUCGCUCGGCUAUGACGACGACGACGAAGACGAUGCGGACCAAAACAGCGACCACGACCAAGACCAAGACCAUAGCGGCAAUUUGCCCAAUCCAGGUGAUCUACCAUCAUAUAUAACUCGAUUCCAGUGGGAUAUGGCGAAAUAUCCUAUUAAACAAUCUUUGAGAAAUAUCGCCGAUAUUAUCAGUAAACAAGUGGGUCAAAUCGAUGCAGAUCUCAAGACUAAAUCUACAACAUAUAACAAUUUGAAAGGCAGUUUACAAAAUCUUGAAAAGAAACAAACAGGAAGUUUGUUAACAAGAAAUUUGGCUGACUUAGUUAAAAAAGAACACUUCAUCUUGGACAGUGAAUAUUUAACUACAUUACUUGUGAUUGUACCAAGAGCAAACUUCCAGGAAUGGCACAGUGGAUAUGAAAAAUUAACAGACAUGAUAGUUCCACGUAGUACACAACUCAUUACUCAGGAUUCUGAGUAUGGUUUAUUUACUGUCAGCUUAUUCAAAAAAGUCAUUGAAGAAUUUAAAUUACACGCCCGUGAGAAAAAAUUCAUUGUUCGAGAUUUUACCUACAAUGAAGAAGAAUUAGCUGCUGGAAAAAAUGAAAUUACAAAAUUGGUAACUGAUAAGAAGAAACAAUUUGGACCUCUUGUACGUUGGCUAAAAGUCAAUUUCAGUGAAUGCUUUUGUGCAUGGAUUCAUGUGAAAGCAUUGCGUGUAUUUGUGGAAUCUGUUCUGCGGUACGGGCUACCUGUGAAUUUCCAAGCAAUUUUGUUGCACCCACACAAAAAAUGUGCAAGGCGAUUACGUGAUGUUCUUAAUCAGCUCUAUGCUCAUUUAGAUUCUUCUGCUACAGCAUCUGCUGCGCAAGGAAAUCAAGAGACCAUGGAGAUAGCUGGAUUAGGUUUUGGCCAAAAUGACUACUACCCCUAUGUGUAUUAUAAAAUCAAUGUAGAUAUGGUCGACAGUAAGGUUUAAUCAUCAAAUAUGAGCCUAUUUUCCUUCUAUAUUUUAAACUUUUUUUUUCAUUUACAUAACAUACUUCUAUAACUCCAGGUACUUAACUACAGGUGCGUACAAAAGUUUCUUUUUAACUCAUAUGAAAUAUGGUUUCAACGUUCCGAACGUUAUUGUAAUUUUAAUUAUGAUACAACAGUUCAAACUCAGUUCACUUCCAAGAGUAGACCAAAUAUUUAUCCAAAAAAAUAAUAAUAUUUUUAUAGUGCAUCAAAAUCCUGGAGAGAUGUAUGGUCUAUGAUGUUAGUUCAAUAUAAACUGUGCAUAAUAGAUUGUGCAAUCAUUUGAAUUAAUUCCAGCAAAGAGAUUUUUAUUUACAUAAUAAGCAUUAUUUCUUUGCAAAGAAAUUGUAUUUGGUUAAGUAACAAACAUUAGUACAAAUCCUGCUUUGAACUUAACAUUCAGAAAACCUGAAGACCUGUUGUUUACAAUAAUAAAAACCAUAAUUCCUUGUAUAAUACCUA